AUGAUUCGAUAUAUAUAUCGAGGAACUCGGAAUUUACGUAGUAUACGCAAAAUGACCGGAUCUACAGAAUCGCCAAUCAUUUUUGCGCCCAAAACGUACCAGUAUAAAAAGGGACACCUCGAAGAGUCGGAUUUGGAUGCGAGUCCCAUUGAGCAAUUCCACCGGUGGUUCGAUGAUGUAAGGCAAGCAUCCGGAGAUGGUGCUAUUCCGGAGGCAUGUACAUUUUCAACGGCAAGACUUCCCUCGGGUCGGAUCUCGUCGAGGGUGGUUCUUUUUAAGGAACUUGACCCCCACGGAUUUAUUGUGUAUUCCAAUUGGGACGGUUCCAAAAAGGCAGCAGAUUAUGCAACCAACAAGCAUGCAGCAUUAACGUUUUUCUGGCCACAAUUGGAAAGACAGGUUCGAGUUGAAGGGGUGAUGGAACCCGUAAGUCGUGAAACCUCGGAACGAUACUUUCAAACCCGGCCCCGAGGGUCCAAGAUCGGUGCCUGGGCGUCACCACAGCUGCAGCUGUUGCAUGAACGUCAGCAAUUGGACGACUUGUAUGCAACACAAGAAAAGCGGUUUGAAGGAGUUGCAGAUGAGAAUAUUCCGUGUCCACCAAAGUGGGGCGGCAUGCGGGUAGUUCCUUUAGAAGUGGAAUUUUGGCAGGGAAGGGUGAGCCGUUUGCAUGACCGGAUCUCAUUUAGGCGGGAAACCACCGACGCAUCCUGGAAUCGCGUCCGGUUGGCGCCAUAA